GGGUCUUCAACCCUCUCGGUCUAGGGUGACACCUCUAAACGAGCUAUACAGAGUUAGCUCAGAUUAGCAGACAACAUUCCUUUUCGAUACUUUCAAACAGUCGAAAAAAAACAACGUUCUUUUCAGGAACAUAUUCUUCGUCAUAAAGAGUAUUCUAUGCGGACGAGUGCUACCCACUUCACGCUAAAGCAUGGCAAUUAUACUGUCGGUUCGGAUCCCCAUCUGCAGCCACUGCAACUCAUAUUCGCUUGUAAGACCACCAAUCAAAACUCUCAGAAAGAUUUCUGUAAAUAAUGGCAUAGCUGGAACUGUUCUGUUUGCACCCAAAACCCUCAAACCAUCUAACCGUGGUUCUCAAAGGGCUGCAAAAUGGUGGGGUACUAACAGACAUGGAAGCCUAGGUGGGUGCCAGCGUGGAUGCCCAAUUUUGUCAGGUGUCCAAGCCAGCAGUUUAGAGAUGGAUGCGUCUUUAGAAUCACAGAAAAAAAUUAAAAUUCUAACUGCAGCUGCAGUUACAGUGGCAUUUGCUGUGGCUAAUAGGGUGCUCUAUAAAUUGGCCCUGGUACCACUGAAGGAUUACCCUUUCUUCCUGGCCCAACUUACUACAUUUGGGUAUGUGCUGGUUUACUUUUCCAUUCUAUAUGUUCGCUACCGUAUGGGCAUUGUGACAGAUGAAAUGUUGGCCUUUCCUAAGUUACGUUUUGUUGCAGUUGGUGCUUUGGAGGCCCUUGGAGUUGCUUCAGGAAUGGCAGCAGGAGCUAAUCUUUCAGGAGCAUCAAUUCCAAUACUGUCACAGACAUUUCUGGUGUGGCAGCUCAUUUUGUCUGUCCUCUUUUUAGGAAGGCGGUACACUGUGAGUCAGCUCUUUGGCUGUUUACUUGUAGCUGCAGGUGUAAUCAUGGCUGUUUCAAGUGGAGCUGGCACAAGUCAAUUAUUAGAGCAGGCAGGGUUGUUUUGGCCACUUUUGAUGAUGGUAUCAUCCUUAUUUCAAGCUGGUGCGUCAAUUCUGAAGGAAUCCGUUUUCAUCGAUUCAGCCAAACAUCUAAAGGCAGAAUCAAUUGAUAUUUUUGUUGUAAAUUCAUUUGGAUCAGGCUUCCAGGCUUUAUUUGUAUUCUUACUACUACCCUUUCUCUCGAAGUUGAAAGGAAUUCCAUUUAGUCAGCUGCCAAGCUACUUAAAAGACGGAGCAGCUUGCUUUGUAAAUAUGGGGUCCAUCUCUAAGAGCUGUGUAGGAGCCCCUCUAUUACCAUUGCUCUUCAUUACAGUAAACAUGUGCUUCAACAUUUCUCUACUUCGUCUUGUGAAGAUGUCCUCAGCAGUUAUUUCUUCACUUUCUGCAACACUUGCAGUGCCAAUAUCCAUUUAUGUGUUUACGCUUCCUCUUCCUUAUAUUGGUGCAGAGCCCGCUCUGCCUCCAACCUUUAUUUUGGGUGCUGCUAUUCUUGUCUUUGGAUUGGUUAUAUAUAACUUGCGUAGGACUGUGAAGGAUGCUACCAAAGAGCUAUAACUCAAAUUAAUUCAUAACAUUGCGGGUUUGGACACACCCAAAAUUGUGGAGGUAGAACGUGGGUUUGGACAGCGUUAUUGAAAGUAAUAAUAACUUCUGAACAUGAGUUUCCUUCUACAUGUAUAGUCUUGCCUAGAGAUUUUGAUACAAAUUUGAUUGUAAAGUGACAUGGGCAAUGACAUCAUAAGUCAGAGGAACCAUGAAUUCUUCCCAAAUAAAAAGUCAAAAUGUAUGGUUUUCUUUGUAUAUUCAAUAAAUGUCUGUACUUUUUUGA